AAGACAACUCCAGCUACGUUUUUUCUGUGGAGCAAAAGAUACUCUUCAUUCGAUUCGUGUGGAGGAAAAUGGCCGCCCGCCCGAAGUGAGUCUGACGUUUCGCAAGGUGUUUAUGACGUUUUUUCGUGUAGUUUUUAUAAAUAUUUGUUUUAUGUGAGACAGUGCAAGUGUUUUUUCUAUGUCUGUUUUCAUCCCCGUUGAAAUAAGCUGGCUGAGAGUGUAGACGCGCGAGCACGCACACGCAUAUGAUGCUGAAUAAAAGUUGGGACGAUAUUCAUCGGACGAUGGACGGUCAAUCUGCAGCCUAGAUCGGUAGAGCUUACUGUGGCAGUUGCGAUGCCAACUUAUCACAAUGCGGGUGGUGGAUACCCGAAUGUGUCAGCGCCAGCGCGGCAAGCGAAGCUCGAUGGCAAUCAAAAUCACCAUACGAUCCCUUCAAACGUAACGAGCCAUCCUCUCAUUCAGAACACCACCUCGCACAUAGCUCCACCCAAUCUGUCAGCGAGCAACAUUCCGUCCCAUCCAGUAUCACCAACGAUGACCACGCAUUCGAGCGUAACAUCCUCAAAUCUGACGAGCCAUUUGAACACGGCGUCCUCACCGGUCCUCCUUACUUCGAAUGUCACGAAUCCCGGAAAUACCACUGUUCUAUCAGCCAACCCAAGGCAUGAAGUCAAGCUCAAUGCUAUGCCAUGGUUCCAUGGGAAAAUAUCUAGGGAAACUGCGGAAAGGUUGUUACGACCCAGGGAAGAUGGUCUGUUCCUAGUUCGAGAGUCGACGAAUUUCCCUGGAGACUAUACCCUCUGCGUGUGUUAUCAAGGACGCGUGCAACACUAUAGAGUGAAAUACAAGAAUAAUCAACUAACCAUCGACGAUGAAGAGUUCUUUGAAAAUUUAGCGCUCUUAGUCGAACAUUAUGAGCAAGAUGCCGAUGGUCUUUGCACUCAGUUAACUAAAUCCUUACCGAAGCAAGGGAAACAAGACUUUUGCGUCGAUCCUAAAGCCUUCGUCGAAGCUGGCUGGGUUAUCCAGACUCACGAAUUAGAAUUAAGAGAGUGUAUUGGUAAAGGUGAAUUUGGCGACGUUUUGCUCGGUGUUUAUAGGGGCGAAAGAGUGGCCGUGAAAAUGUUGAAAGACAAUAGCGAAGCAGCGCAAAGGUUUCUUGCCGAGGCGAGUUUAAUGACUUCGUUGAUUCAUGACAAUCUCGUUAAAUUACUUGGUCUUGUAUUCAACAAUCAACACAUGUACCUGGUUACGGAAUAUAUGAGCAAGGGAUCCCUUGUGGAUUACUUGAGAUCUAGAGGCCGAUUACACGUUUCUAAAAAAGAUCAAAUUAAUUUUGCCUACGACACGUGUGCGGGUAUGGCAUACUUGGAGUCGAGACACGUCGUUCAUCGCGAUUUAGCCGCGAGAAAUGUCCUCGUUGCGGAAGACAAUUCCGCGAAAGUUUCGGACUUUGGCUUGGCACGAGACGAAAAUUUCUCUCUCGAUGGUGGAAAGUUGCCCAUCAAAUGGACCGCCCCUGAGGCUUUAAAGCAGAACAAGUUUUCUAACAAAUCUGACAUGUGGAGUUUCGGAAUACUCCUUUGGGAAAUCUAUUCCUUUGGACGUGUGCCUUAUCCACGUAUCCCUUUAGCCGACGUUGUCAAGUGUGUGGAAAAAGGUUACAAAAUGGAACCACCAGAUGGAUGUCCGCCCGAAGUAUAUGAUAUUAUGAGACAGGCCUGGGAUCUUCAACCAGAAAAGAGACCUACGUUCCAUGAUAUUAAAGUAACGCUUGGUCAACUGAAAGCUGAGUACACCAAAGGGGACAAAGUUAAUAGUGGCUCUAAACUCAUCGGGUAGAAGGAGGAAGAAGAAGAAGAAGAAGAAGAAGAAGAAAAAUGAAAUGAAAAGAAUAACAAGCAAAUGCAAUUCUUAUUGUACAUUUUAUACAAUACUAUUUGCGUCGUCGUUUAUAUUUAUUGCUUAUUUAGUUGUCGAGAAUAUGGGGAAGUUUUAAUUUUUAUAUGACAAUAUUUUGCACAAGCAUUACCUACGUCGUGCCUUUGUUCAAGUUGAUAUUCUGAGUGAAGAUACUCGACUUGUACAUUCAAAAUCCGUGUUGACUCGAGCCGAUGUCGGGUUUUAAAAUACUUAAUCCGAAAUAAUUGCCUAUCACACUUAAUGAUCCUCAAUGGACGUACCUUUUUACAGUCUGUUAUGACGUAAUAUGUGAACGAUACGAUGUCGCCUGAUACGUUCACGACUUGUAUCCGUUUGGGAAUAUACUUUAGAGAUUUUUCCACGGCAGAAAAUGUAAUUUUGACGUACUGUGCAGUUCCGCGUUAAAGUGAACUGAUUUUAAGAUUAUUCUUACUGGCUCUAACGUAUCUGUCAGUAAAAUUUGCCUGUCUGGGCAUGAAGUUACGUAACCUUACACUUUUUCACUCCUGUAGAACAGUUCAAAAUAUUUCCUGUUGUUAAAGUUUCGAACAAUCUAUUUCAGCGAUUGUAGGGUUGCAAGUAUUUGCUAGCGGCUUAGAUUUUUUAAUCAAAGAUUUGUCGUAGAAAGUAUUAAUUUUUAAUUAAAUUAUUGCGACUGUAACGUAUAAAUAUUUAAGUUUGUUCACAAAAUAAUCAUCUCUCAUAUAUAUAUACAUAUAUGUAUAUGUGUGUGUGUGUAUAUUUGUAAAAAAAUAUAUAAUAUAUAUAUGUAUAUGUAUAUGUUAGUGAUGUAAAUGUAUCUGUAAAUAUUUUUGUACAUAUUCGUCCAUAAAAGAAAAGUAAUAUUUCGAGAACCGUUGAUAUUGGAUGAGAUAUUUAACGAGGAAUGUCUAUAAUUUUUUUUAAAAGAAAUACAUCCACACUAUGAACAAAUAAAUAUAAAAAUGCACCAUACGUUAAUUAUUAAACAAAAAAGAAAGAAAAAACUAAAAAAAGAAAAAAAAACGGAAGAUCUUCGGGAAAUUAAUAUAUAAGAAACAAGGAAGUGUGAGUAUUACGUCAACGGAUCUUAUCCUUUUAGAAUAAUGAUCUACGUGUUCUUCCGAUUAAUGAAUAGCAUGGAUAAAUGAUUUAAAAAUUCUUCAUAUUUGAAAAUUCUUAGCGCGUAAAAUUUCACGUUUAACGAAAAUGGGUAGGUACCUUGAAAUAUUCUUAGCAAGAGUAAUCAUUACAAAGCUACUACUGUUUUUUCAUUCCAGAUCAUCUGUCUGAUGCAAUCCUGCGGACUAAUUAAAAAGAAUGAUUUUAUAUUAAAAAAAAAAAAAAAAAAGAA